AUGUCUGGCGGGCAUCGCGCAUUGCAGAUUUCCACAACGCACAAAGUGCUUGUCUCGGCUGAAGUCCCCGGGGUCCAGUAUGGUGGUUCGCCCAGUGUCCCGCCGGAACUGGCGGAUCUUGGUAUGGAAGGGGAAACACACGGGAAAAGGAGACAGAGAUAUUCCUAG